AGUUUUCGUUAGCCAAAAUCAGCUCACUAUAAAUUGGUCUGGGACACAUCGAUUAGACACAGUUCAAUCAGUUUCAUCGUUCUGUAAACAUCCACUCUUUUGUAACAAUGGCAUUCAAGUUUGUCACUUUCUGCGCUCUGGUGGCUGUCGCCCGCGCUGGACUCAUCGCUUCCCCCGGCCUGUCCUACGCUGCUGCCCCAGCUCAUCUGUCCUAUGCCGCCCCACUCACCAAGACCCUGAUCGCUGCUCCACUCACCAAGCAGAUCGUCGCCGAUGAGUACGACCCUAACCCACAGUACUCCUACUCGUACGGAAUCUCCGAUGCUCUGACCGGUGACCAGAAGUCCCAGCACGAGACCCGCAGCGGAGAUGUUGUCCAGGGAUCGUACUCCGUUGUGGACCCAGAUGGCCACAAGCGCACCGUCGAGUACACCGCUGACCCACACAACGGAUUCAACGCCGUCGUCCACCGUGAGCCACUCGGCCAUGUUAAGACCAUCGCUGCUGCUCCAGUUCUUGCCGCCAAGACCAUUGUUGCCCAGCCAGCCCUGUCCUACGCCGCCCCACUUGCCCACAAGACCAUCAUCUCUCAGCCAGCUCUGUCCUAUGCUGCUCCCAUUGCUCACCACCAGACUCUCCUCGCCCAGCCAGCUCUCAGCCAUUACGCUUCCCCAGCCCUGUACCAUCACUAAGAAGGAUUUGACGGGUGGAGAAAAUGUUUGUAAAUAAGACGAACCCGAAUUGCCAU